AUGUCCAAACGGAGUUGGUGGGCUGGGUCCAGAAAGCCCCCAAGAGAGAUGCUGAAACUCUCAGGCUCUGACUCCAGCCAAAGCAUGAAUGGCCUUGAAGUGGCUCCCCCAGGUCUGAUCACCAACUUCUCCCUGGCCACGGCAGAGCAAUGUGGCCAGGAGACGCCACUGGAGAACAUGCUGUUCGCCUCCUUCUACCUUCUGGAUUUUAUCCUGGCUUUCGUUGGCAAUACCCUGGCUCUGUGGCUUUUCAUCCGAGACCACAAGUCCGGGACCCCGGCCAACGUGUUCCUGAUGCAUCUGGCCGUGGCCGACUUGUCGUGCGUGCUGGUCCUGCCCACCCGCCUGGUCUACCACUUCUCUGGGAACCACUGGCCAUUUGGGGAAAUCGCAUGCCGUCUCACCGGCUUCCUCUUCUACCUCAACAUGUACGCCAGCAUCUACUUCCUCACCUGCAUCAGCGCCGACCGCUUCCUGGCCAUUGUGCACCCGGUCAAGUCCCUCAAGCUCCGCAGGCCCCUCUACGCACACCUGGCCUGUGCCUUCCUGUGGGUGGUGGUGGCUGUGGCCAUGGCCCCGCUGCUGGUGAGCCCGCAGACCGUGCAGACCAACCACACGGUGGUCUGCCUGCAGCUGUACCGGGAGAAGGCCUCCCACCAUGCCCUGGUGUCCCUGGCCGUGGCCUUCACCUUCCCGUUCAUCACCACGGUCACCUGCUACCUGCUGAUCAUCCGCAGCCUGCGGCAGGGCCUGCGUGUGGAGAAGCGCCUCAAGACCAAGGCAGUGCGCAUGAUCGCCAUAGUGCUGGCCAUCUUCCUGGUCUGCUUCGUGCCCUACCACGUCAACCGCUCCGUCUACGUGCUGCACUACCGCAGCCGUGGGGCCUCCUGCGCCACCCAGCGCAUCCUGGCCCUGGCAAACCGCAUCACCUCCUGCCUCACCAGCCUCAACGGGGCACUCGACCCCAUCAUGUAUUUCUUCGUGGCUGAGAAGUUCCGCCACGCCCUGUGCAACUUGCUCUGUGGCAAAAGGCUCAAGGGCCCGCCCCCCAGCUUCGAAGGGAAAACCAACGAGAGCUCGCUGAGUGCCAAGUCAGAGCUGUGA